UCUGCUCUCAGCCGCUGUCUUUCAGCGAAGCUGCUCCGAUCAGUUUGUUGUCUGGUUGUGAGUGAAACUUCAAAAUCCUCUUUAAAAUUAGACUGAACACAACACCAUGCAUAUUGUCUCAAUUUUUAUGUUAAUGUUGAGAAGCGGGAUUUGUUACAAAUCUCAAGAAGUUCUGUGUGGAUUUGACGUGUCUUUGCGAUGUGAUGUCCCUGUCCUGUCUGAAACCUCAACAUUGCAGUGGGAGAAAGACGGACAACAAACAUCCAACACCACACUGAUGUACAACAACUCUGCCUACAUCAUCUUACACACCGUUGAUGAGCACAGUGAAGGGAAAUAUUACUGCAGAUUGAUGGAAGAUGAAAGAGUAAAAACUGUUAGGAAUCACACGCUUACAGUCACUUCACAUUCAUAUAAUGGAAAUAACCCUAACAAGAACCCUAACAAUCGCACCAUCUACAGACAAAGCUCUAAUAAUAAUGAUGUGUCACUGAUCUGCAAGUCUAUAAAGGACUACCACAGGUUAAAGUGGACGUGGGAGUCGAGGACUAAAUCACAGAUUGAUCUGGUAGCCAUUGAAAAAGGAAAAGAAGUUCAAGUAAAAGGACCAAUUAAACCAGGAAGAAAUUCUUCUACAACAUACGAUGGUCAUUUUUUUAUUUUUCACAUCUCACCUGUGAACUUCAAUCAUAGUGGAACAUACAGGUGUAUUACGAAUGAUCAAAACAAUAAUCCUUACACAACCACAAUACUACGUACUAUCAGAGUCUCAGUGGAGUUCCCUGAUGGUGUGUUGAGGAAUCAGUCAGUGGUUCUUACCUGUGAGCUUUCUGAAGUAACUGGUUCAGUGACGCUGGUCUGGCUCAGAAUGGAGGGAAACAGAGGAGUUCUGGUUGAACAGCAAAUUAUGACCGAGAAAAACAAGAAGUUACAGCUCACAGUGAAUCUAUCCAGCUAUGAAACAGACUUGCUGCACUGGCAGUGUGCAGUUUUUACUGAGAAUACACUCCGAGGUCUGGCCCCUGUUACAAUCAGUUUUACCUCAUCAACUGCAAAUGCUCCAACAGAAACCUCAACUGUAACAAACCAAGAAGACACCAUGACACAAGACAGUCAUCUACACAUUGCGAUCAUUGUGGCUUGUGCUGUCACUAUCAUUGUGCUGAUUCUGUUGGGACUUCUAGUUUUUAAAUGUCAGCGAAAAACAGAUGAAGGGUGCAUCGCUGGGUUAAAAUCACAGGAAGAUGAGGACAUCCAUUAUGCUUCAGUGACAGUAGCAGGAUCUAGUCAGGGUGAGACAGGAUGGAAGUUUACAUUAACCUCUGUGUGUUCUUUACAGUUAGAAAUGUAUUUUAAAUAUAUGACGAUGAAUGUUUUUCCAGGAACUGACAGAUUAAAAACCAAACAUGCAAAUCCAGAGGUGCUGGACAGAGAAUCUGCAGUCAUCUACUCAGAUAUUAAAACAAAGUGAGCUUUGCCACUGGGAGCUGCAUAUAUAUAUUUUUCAAAGUUUAUUACUGAAUUAUUGGAAUGGAAAAACAGAAUGAGUCUUGUAUUAAUAAUAGCUUGUUAAAGCGUAAGACUAAUGAACCAUGUUCUGUGCUCAAGUACGUUGUGUGCUUUGUGAAUGCAAGGGGUCUUUGGGUUUCACUUGCAUUGAAAACACAAAUGCAACACCAACAUGUGUAUAAUUAGAUCAAUAUGCUCACAUGCCAGAAUGAAAACUCAUUGUGGUUUCAUGACACACAAAUGUGUUAAAAGUAGCACAGCAUUUCCUGGAAUGGAAGAAGCCAAGAUGAUUAAGCUUUGAAAAAAAAAUGUUCAAACUAACCAAACAUCAGAAUGAAAAAAUAUAUAUAUAAAAUUGCAAGCAUUGUGUACAGUGAAAUAUAAAAUGAGAUGUUAAAAUUGCUGAAUAGCCUAUGUGCAAUGAUGCAUAUAGACAGUCAUUUAGUGCAAACUUUGAGAUCUGAGAUUUUGUCGGGCUUAAAGAAAUAUAACAACAACAAUAAUCAUGAAAGAAACAACAACAAUAAUAAAUGUUAUAAAAUGUUAAUACCGCUUGUAUAACUAUAAUAAUCUCAAGCCAGAACAAAGAACACAUGAACAUUAAAAUUAGUUUCAAACACCUAGUUCAAAAUUUACAUCAGUUAUUGUUGUUAAAGUUAUUAUUGUUAUUAUGAAUUCAUUACGUUUUAUUCUGGUUAAAUUCUAUUUUAAUUUCAUGCAAUUUAUUAAAUAAAAUUAACAUUGGCAAAUAAAUAGAUAAAUGCUUCUACUAUGCUUUUAAUGACCAAAGAAAAAUCCUGAAAAAAUAUGAUUUUCACAAAAAUAUUAAACAGCAAAAUGGUUUUCAAUAUAAUAAUAAUAAUAAUAAUAAUAAUAAUAAUAAUACGAAUAAUAAGAAAUUAUUUAAUUUUAGAAUUUAUUAAUUGAUUAAUUUUUAACCUGCAUUUGAAUUCUGAAGGAUCAUGUGACACUGAAGACUGGAGCAAUGACUGUUAAAAGUUCAGCUUUGCCAUCACAGGAAUAAAUUACAUUUUUAAAUAUAUUCAAAUAGAAAAAAGUCAUUUUAUUUUCUGUAUUAAACAAUAUUUCACAAUAUUACUAUUUUAUUGUAUUUUUGAUCAAAUAAAUGCUGCCUUUGUGAGCUUAAGUGACUUCUAAAAACAUAAAUUUUCUUUUGAAUGGUAGUGUAUUUGGACAUUUUAUAGCACUUUUCACUAUACAUAUAAUUCUAAACACCAAAAAAAAAAAAAAUUACUUGUAAGUCAGAACAUUAUCCAGGUACUUUGUAUAAUUUGUUGGACAUUUUAUGGACUAAAGUGCAAAACUGAAAAUACAGGUUAAAAAAAUAUAUAUAUAUAUAUAUAUGGAAAAUUCCUUAAUACUACAGUACACAGUGCAGAUUUUUUAUUAUUAUUAUUAUUAUUUUUUAAGAUAUAUGUAGCAUAGCUUUACAAAGACUUUGUAGAUUUGCAUAUGCCUACAAAUAAACUAAAAAAAAAAAAAAAAAAAAAAAAA